CUCCUCACCAGUGGAUAUUCGAAGUGGUGGAAAUGUCAUUUUCCAACACCGACAUGUAUUUUGCUCGAAUAGAAACAUGUACAUCUUGUUACACCUAACUUUUAGUAUCAUAUGCAAUGUAAAAUAUACCUUGCUCUUCUAUGCUAAAUCCACUUUCUUCGUAUUGGUAACGUUAUCAUCAGAAAAUAGUAUCAGACUUCCUCCUUUCACACUUAGACACAAACUCGUAAAUUUUCCUUCCAUUAGCAAGCCAUGGAGUUUCUUAUGUGGGAGAUUGCCUUUGCCAUAGUUCUUUCUCUUCUGCUUCCAUCGGUUUUCCUCAAACUUCUCUCCGUUACCCCAAACUUCGAAGCUCAUGAGAAAGUGGGUGUUAUUGGGUGUGGUCAUGAUCAUGGAGUUAAAUCUGAUUCUAAGAUCUGCGAAACGGAUGAAGUUGUUCAAAUUGUGGGGAAAAUUGAUGAAUUCGGAGACAAGUCCAUACUGGGAAAAAUAAGAGUCCCAAAAAUUGUGGAUGUGGAUCGUGGAUCGCCCAAGAUACGCAAUUCAAAGACGAUUGAUGAGGAGAGUAGUGUUUACAAUGAAAUUGAACUUGUGAAUUUGGCUGAGGACCAUGUUGUGGAUGGGAGCAAUAAAGUGGUUGUGAAUAUUAGCGAAAUUGAGGUGGAACUGGUGGAGUAUGAUUCUUCUAGAGUGCUCAACGCUGAAAAGGUUGAGAUCUUGCAGUUCGAAAAUAAUUAUAAUGAGAUUGAUGAAUCUGGUAGGAACGAGGAUAUUGGUGAAAACAAGGACUUGUGGGAGGAUGAGGAUGAUUGGGAGGAAAUAGAAAGAACUGAGUUGGAGAAGCGUUUUGGUGCUGCUGUUGUAUUUGUCGAAUCCAGGAGCAACGAUAAUAGUCUCAGUGAUGAAGUGAAGAUGAAGCUUCAUGGUUAUUACCGAAUUGCUACACAGGGUCCUUGCCACGAACCCCAGCCAUUGACACUGAAGUUCUCUUCUGCUCGAGCUAAAUGGAUUGCAUGGCGACAACUUGGGAUUAUGAGUCCAGAGCAGGCAAUGGAGCAAUAUAUCAGCCUUUUAUCAGAAAGCAUUCCCUAUUGGAUUGCAGAAUAUCCUUCUGUAAUGGAUAAUGCUGAGCCGGCGUCGGAAGAGAUCCAUGCAUCUGCAAAACUACCCUCGUGAAUUAUGAUUUGAAGGCAUAGAUACCACGAGAAAGAUAUAAAUAACCGUGGGAAUUGAUUAUUCCAUUUUGAGUUCCGACGCAUAGCAAUUGAAAAUAUUUCCGAAUGCAGAAUUGAUUGGUUUUCAAGAAUGUCCCAAGCCAUUGGAUACUGAUCGCAUGAUAAUGGAGUUGGGAUCCGAAGGUUUACCAUAUUUUGCCGUGCCAUUCUUUUGUUACCUCCACUUUGAACUUCAUUCGCGUAGGUAAGAUUUUUGUGCCUUGUGCGCUGCUGCGCAGGGAAGAUUGUUUAUAGAAGGAAAUUAUUUGGCAGAAUAUUUAUUUAGGUACAAGUAAACGUCAAACACAUGACCGUGACUAUUGGAUGAAAUUACUUGAGCCUUCACAACACUGCUUUUUUUUCCGUCACGGAAUCAGAAAUUAGUCUUUUUUGCCACACCCUGACGGUUGCGAGUUUUACCAACGAUUUCCCAAUACAUAAAUGGUCUCACAAUGUACAAGUCAGGGUGUCUAAACACUUCACCUACCUGUUGAUUGCGUGUCACUGGAAACAAGGUUAGAUCGUACGUCAUGUUCAUUCACAGUCUCUUUCCCCAAUUUCAUCUAUAUGAAAAAGAAAAAAAACAAAGUAUAGGAGUUCCAUGCGUCAAGGAAAAAUUCCUAAAUGAUUUAAUAACGAUUUAGUUCAAAUAAUAAAUUUCAACACGAGCUAGUUCAAAUGAAAACUAAUAAUGUUACAUAAAAUAAAUAUUUUUAAAUUGCCAAUGCAAAUGCUAGCAAUCACAUUUCCUGGGUGGAGAGUAUGGUUCUCCAUUAUUCAGUAAGAACUUACUGUUGAUGUGCAUUUUCUCUUGCAACUGAAAACUACAGAUAACGCAUUAGGUGCCUUCC